GUGUGGUGCUCAAUCCGCUCCACCCCAUUAUCAUCCCCUUCUCUGUUGGACUCCCUAUGCUCUGGAGGGAUUAAUUAUCGUCCAUCUUCGGGCUUUAAUAAUCAUGUUAAUUCGGUGAUUAAGACGUAGGCUAAUUUUUUUUAUCGUCUCAAACGGGUUUAAUAAUCGAUUGUUAUUAUGAUAGUGGAGUGUGAUGUGUGCGGAUACUUUGAAACAUUCCAAAUUCCAAUCGAGAUUUUAAUCAUAACAGAAGAUUGAAGAGGGAUGUUGUGAUAAUCUGGUAGAGGUUUGAAACCGGCAUUUAAGAUAAACGGUCGAACGAAGGGUGUGCUAGUAAGAUGCGUGGUGAUCGACUGUGGUUAUUUCUUCUGUUAAUAUCAAUAAAUGCAAACGAAUCGGUAUCAUCAGCACCAAACAACAAGACUGAACGUGCAAUCAAGAAUCGUUCGAGAAGCCAAUCCCCAUGGCGUUUAGUUAUUUGUUUAUCCCACUCUCAAUCACCGUCAAGAAACGACGUGCAACGGGCAUGGGAGGCUGCCAGAAUAGAAUCCUCCCAGAGCGAGUUAGAAGUGUCUUACAUUGAGGGAAGAAUGACACCGAUGACAGACUCGAUGUCUUAUCCACUUGCACUUGUUAACAAAUUUUGUACCGACAUUGAGAAUGGUAAGACCGUCCUCAGUAUUGUUAUCGGGGGUGGCUCGGCCUCAAGAUUCCUCAUUACUGCUGCCGAUUCUAUCAAUUUACCAGCCCUCUGGUUGCCCAUGACACACAGGGACUUUUUGAGACAGGGGAAACGUGGCACCUUCGAAACCCGAGUUGGUACGAGUUCCGAGGAAGCAGGUGCAGCAGCUGGUGCGCUCAUGCACAAAGCAAAUUGGCAUGCAUUUAUCCUUUUAAUUGACACAACACUCCUACCAAUGCAUCACUUGCUACACAAAGAUAGAGAUGUACUGAUACCACGUACUGUUGUACAUCUACCAGCGACUGAUACAAGUCUCAAAAUAAGACUGAGAAGAAUAUCGGAGGAGGGUGGUACGGGAGCUGUCAUCGUUAUGGCUUGUGAUCUUAAUAAUGCCAGGCGAAUUCUUUCGGCAGCGAGUAAAUAUCACAUGCUCAAUGGAAGAUUUCUAUGGCUAUGGCUUGAUCUCAAAGCUGAAUUGAGACCCAAUGAACCGAGUCUGCUAAGUUCUCAUGUUAUUUAUGGCUCAUUGGCCUCGGGGAAGGGCGAGGUGGAGAGUAUCGUUAGGCAUGGCAAUCUCGUGCUUGACGAUGAAGCGCACACACCCUCCGUGGGUGAUCCUCCACAUCUGGAGUUCAGUUGGAAUCGGAGAAAUCAACUGAGAAAGAGGGAGGAUAGAGGGUUCUCCUUCGAUGAUGAUGACGAGGCCAGACUUGGCGAUAAGAGCCUCAAUUCUAAGACCUUCAUGCCUGUUGGAAUGUUAGCCCUCAGGCCUGCCAGUAUCAAGAUGUCUGGUAACGAUGCCAUUCUCGCAAGGAUGCUCCGAGAAACCUCUCAAGCUCUUGAUAGUACCUUUAUCAAUAUGGCGAGCACCAGUAAGUUCAGGGAGGCGCAGGUCAAGGAGCUGUUCGUCCCGACGUGCUUUGAGGAUAGGGCCAAAGGCGUUGAUAUAAAAAAAAAUGUCUCCAGGACACUCACUAGGCGGCUCAGGGAGUCCAUGGCACAGCUUUCUCAUGAUAAGGCUGAAUUCCAGUUAUUGAAUCUUCAAGCUAUUCAAUUUCCAGGGAACAAGACACAGCUGAGAUGGACGAAAGUAGGAACAAUUCGAGGUGGCAAAGAAGUACGUCUCGAUACAAUAACGUGGCCAGGAGGUGGCAUAGUACCCGCCUACCUUGAGCAGGGUGGUGAGCAAAUAGGAAUGCCCGUCUACAAGAUAGUAACAGCUCUUGCUCCACCAUUCACCAUGAUAACAAAUCUUCAGGAUGGUUUAUGUCUCCGUGGAUUAGUCUGCAGAAAGGGGGAUGUGCAGAAGUGUUGUUACGGAUUCUCAAUAGACCUUCUCUCCCUUGUGGCCCGUGAGCUGAGCUUUCGUUUUGAUCUUUAUAUCGCCCAGGACGGCUUAUUCGGCAAGAGAAAUGGUAGAAAUGGAACGUGGAAUGGAAUUGUCGGUGAAUUAAUCCACGCCAAGGCACAAUUGGCGUUUGCACCCCUCAGUGUAUCAGCAAUAAGGGCUGAAGUUAUCGACUACACCACCCCAUAUUUUUUUAGUGGUGUCAGUUUUUUAGCGUCACCAAAACUGAACGAAGAAAUUCCACUGCUCAUGUUUCUUCACCCAUUCAGCACUGAUCUAUGGGUGACUAUUUUCAUUUCCCUCAAUGUUACAGCGCUGGCUGUUGCUAUUUACGAGUGGUUCAGCCCGUUCGGACUUAAUCCUUGGGGCAGACAGAGGAGCAAAAAUUUCUCCAUAGCCUCAGCGCUCUGGGUCAUGUGGGGAUUACUUUGUGGACAUUUGGUUGCUUUCAAAGCACCCAAAUCAUGGCCUAAUAAAUUUCUUAUCAAUAUCUGGGGGGGUUUCUCGGUUAUCUUCGUUGCUUCCUAUACUGCUAACAUCGCUGCCCUCAUCGCUGGAUUUUUUUUUCAUCCGUCCGUCAGGAAUUAUCACGACAGGAGUUUGCUAUCGCAAAAAGUCGGAGCACCGCGUGCCUCAGUAGCUGAGUACUACGUACAACGUGCUAAUCACCAAUUAUGGACACAUAUGUUACGAUUUUCACUGUCGGACGUGGCUGAGGGGGUGGAACGAUUGCGUAAUGGCAGUUUAGACAUACUCAUUGCUGACACACCAAUUUUGGAUUACUAUCGAGCCACUGACAAUGGCUGCACACUCCAAAAGAUCGGAGAUACUAUGAAUGAGGACACUUAUGCCGUCGCCUUGACCAAAGGCCAUCCUCUUAAGGAGAGCAUCUCUAAAGUUAUUGCUAAUUAUUCUAGCAAUGGAAUGCUUGACGUUCUGCGUGAUAAAUGGUAUGCAGGCCUGCCCUGCAUUCGUGGCCACGAAGGCAUGAAACCCGGUCUGGAUGUAGCAGGCAUGCAGCCCCAUCCCCUCGGAGUUCGUUCAGUCGCUGGUGUCUUCUGUCUUCUUGGAGUGGGCAUAAUCCUCGGUGCAAUAAUCCUCGCCGGUGAACAUCUCUUCUACAAAUACACUUUGCCACGCCUACGUCACUGUCCCAAAACCUCGAUAUGGCGAAGCAGAAAUGUCAUGUUCUUCUCCCAAAAGCUAUACAGAUUUAUCAAUUGCGUUGACCUAGUAUCCCCCCAUCAUGCGGCCAAAGAGCUCAUGCACACUGUAAGGCAGGGCCAAAUUGCAUCAUUGUUUCAGAAGAGUGUAAAAAGGAAGGAGCACGAACAGAGGAGAAGAAGAAAGAGUAAGGCGCAGUUCUUUGAAAUGAUACAGGAGAUCAGGAGGGUUCAGCAAGAGGAGAAGGAGGAAUCAAAUAAAAAAGAAACGACGAAAAAGGAGGAUAAAUGCUCGAAGGAGCGAGCUCGUUCGCGUUCAAAGAGUCCGUUAAUGCCGCGGUCACCGAGAGAGAGAGGGGAGAAGAGCCGUAGCUCAACCAAUCUCUCGGGGUCCCGUCACGGUUUGUCUCCGGUGUCGAUGGAGGCCCCGAUGAAACCCCGCGAGUUCACCCUGUCUAGCACAAAUCUACGGGCACGCAGUCCCCUGGAAACGGUUGGCCGUCGUCUUAGCCACGGCGACGGUGGUUCACCUCCACCCCGACUGAGUACUGCUUAUUUCGGUGGUAGUGCUACACUGCGCCCAUCAGCUCCCAUUAAAGCCGACUCAAUCAGCGGUGGAUUACCCACUCCACGUUAUGCCCGCAGUCCCGCUAAGCGUGGCCAAUCCUUUCCCGUCUUCGCCACACUUAGACCACCACCUCCACCACCCACCACCGCCCAUCCCUCUUACAAAAGUCCUCAUCUAUCACCGAACAACGAAUUGGGGGCGGCCAUUGGCCGGAAACUCUCGCGGGAAUGGGCAUCGGGUAGCCUCGAGCUCAGCAAAUCAUCCGAAGCUAUCGCCACAAUGUCCACAUUUAUGUCACCUUAUCAGGAGAGCUCACUCACCGUCAACAGCCCCACCGAGCCCAAGAACACCCCUCCCCACGAGGAUCUCGGGGCAAAGAGACCCGUCAGACGCGCCAGGAGUCACGAAAAUCGAGAUCUCAGCAAGAUCAUCGACACUCCCUCCUCUAGAGUGGCCCAACCCUCUAUCGGGGGAAAAUCCCUCAGCGAACGUACCAAAAAACAACUCGAAUCCGAGCUGAAGGCCAUCCUCACUGCAAGACAACACCAUCGGGAUCUCCAUCCACCGUGAUAGAUCAAUCUUCCCUGCUAAUCCACAUGUUGGCUAUUUUUGAGGGAUGUGUAUUCGCCUCUGAGGGGCAUUCAUCGGUAUUUAAGCAGUCUAAGAAUUAAUAGGUCAAUUUGUAGAAAUCCGGAGGUGGGAGGUGGCAAGCAAAGCCUUGAGAAUAAAUUGGAAAUCAGGGACGGCCAAUGAGCUGGCAACUUGGGCUCUUGUACGUUGAAAUAUUGUUAAUACAUUAAUAAUUACAGCAUUCUAUUCUACAGAGGUGUCGACAGAGGGGUUCAAGGGGAACGGGACCUAUGAAAUUAUUAUAUGGAAAAACCUGCCGCAUUCAAUAUUCAUUUCACCAACUUUGAACCAACUUUUCAACACUAUCUUCAAUUUCUAGGAAACAUCUGAAUAUUCUGUCAAACUUAUAUUAUUCAUAUAUUUCCUAGUAUGCUAUUCUUUACUCAUAUAUAUGGACCUGUAAUUGUACACGAGAAAAAACUAAAAUCUAUUAAUUUACCAUUUUUAUUACAGAAGAAAAGUUUCGUCAAGACAUAUUUUUUAUGUGUGAGAAAUGAAAAAUUCUAAUGUACAAGCGAAUGCGACGAUUUUUCCAAGCGAAUUAUUUCACACGUGGAGGUCUUGAAUUUUGCAAAAUUAUUGAGGUUCACCACCAUGUAUCGUUGCGUGUCGUAGACUAAUGCGAUUCAAUAUUUUUCUUGUUGAAGAUUAUAUGAUGAUAUAUCUACAUUGAACUGUCUGCCAGUGGGUGAGUUAUCGGUUUCUAGUCUCGUCGAAGUAGUAAAUUUUACAUGCGCCAAAUUAUUGAGAUUAUUUGAAAUUUGGGGGAUCUAUUUCAUCUUGACUUAUUGUUGAUGAGAGAGAGUCGCACACACGCUCGCACACACAAAGGGAGAAAAAAAAAAUAGGAGGCGGAUCAUUGUCAGGCCAUUCACUGCCAUCUUAAUUCAAAAUUCAGGUUUUUAAUUAACAAAUUAUGGAAUUUUAAUGUGAGGGAUUUGCACCCAUGGCUCACAGCGUAGAAUGACCACUUAUUCAAUAACACGUGUAUUAAUCCGAUAUUCCUGCGCCAAUUGAGGGAAUGUGAAAAAUAAAAUUAGUGAUAAAAUCGCAGCGACAUUGUUAAGAUGUUUGACAACUACAUUGAAUGGAAUUGAGGAGGAUCUCAUUCAAAUCUCACCUUUUAAUUACUAAUGAAUGAAAAAUGUCAAGAGACUAUCUCAUUUUAUUCCUAACGAGAUAAUUAAUAAUCUUCUAGACUGUUCGUUGAUGAAUGUAUGGGACUAAAACUUUAAAGGACAUUUGUUUGGAUAAAAUAAUAUAUGAUAAUUGAUAAGCGAGGCCUUAGCAGUAGUCGUAUCCGCCCAAUCUUUUAAUUAGAGAAAUAUCUAAAUAUAUUUAUCGUUACUCGAUAUAACUUCAAUUUAGUGGUUGUUUAGGAGAAUGAGUGCAAUAAUUUUCUCGGUAGCAAAGUAAUCGAUGAGAGAAACACGAAAUAUUUAAAUUCUUGAAAGUCUUAUCGAAUUAGAAUGUCAUGCACACUUUAGACACUUAUUAAUUAUACACCUCGGUUCCUCUCGUAGAUUAAUGAAGAGUAAAACAAUUAGUCUAUUUUUCCGUAGGGAUUCGCAAUGAAAUAUUGGGAUGAAUUAUAAAGAGAGAGAAUCAGCUUCACACACACUUGACUUUUCUUCUCGUAGUCUCGCAUAGUUGAAUAUAAUUAUUUUCUGUGAAAAAUGAAGAUCAAAGCAGUUUAGCAAUAUAUCUUGAAGGGGUUUUACGUUAUGCUGUACUGUAUGAAGUUUUGAAGAGUUCAAUAAUGUGCAUAAAUCUCACCAAUCUAUGAGAAUAACAAAAUUAUAGAUUAUACAUCGUUGCUGUGGAUAAAAUCGUGUAAUGAUUCUAAUGAGAGUACAUUUUGACGAAUCUGUUGGGCGUUUAGUCCUCGGACAAAAAAUAUAACUAACGGGUUAAAAGAAAAUUCUUCUUAUAGAUCAGGAACAGAGAUGUAAAGGUGUCGUAGAGUAUGAAAUUUUACAAGCUGCAAUCGGAAAAAUUAUUUAUUUCAAUCAAAUUAUUAACUUCAUUCAUAUAAACCUUCUAAAUCCAAUCUACUUUUUUCUUUUCCUCUGAAACUCCGUUGUUAGUACAUACCUGUUAUCUUUUCUUCAUAAUAGAAACAUAUAUCCCUAUUAGCAAUUAAACAUUUUUUUAAUAUUAAGAAAGCAUUUGUAUUUGGAAAUAAUCAAGUGAUCGCAAGUAUAAAUUCAUCUGCUGAAAUUGUCUAGAUUUUCAUGCUUCCUGUAUUAUGCUCAUCAUACUGUCAUUCUCCACAUGA